AUGGGGGAGAUUUUUCACCGACUAGGGAAAGCUAAAUACUACUCGGUAGUAGACCUGAAGGACGCGUAUUUCCAGAUUCCUUUGAAGGAGGAAUCUAGGGAUUAUACGGCGUUCCGAACCCCCCAGGGUUUAUUCAGGUUCAAGGUUUGUCCCUUUGGGUUAACCAACGCCCCGUUUACCAUGUGUCGUCUAAUGGACCGCGUGAUAGGUUUUGAUCUCGAACCGUUCGUGUUUGUGUACUUAGACGACAUUGUGAUCGCAACCAGGACUUUUAGCGAACAUGUCAGACUUCUAAAAAUCGUUGCGCAACGAUUAGCAAACGCUAACCUUACCAUCUCCCUGGACAAAAGCAGGUUUUGUCGGAAGAAAGUUGCCUAUUUAGGGUAUUUAUUAACAGAGGACGGAGUGUCAAUCGACCAUUCUAGGAUAGAGCCUAUUCUCAACUACGCCCGCCCAAGAAAUGUGAAGGACAUACGACGGCUACUCGGUCUAGCUGGAUUCUACCAGCGCUUUAUUCGAGAAUAUAGCAGGAUUGUUGCUCCGAUCUCAGAUCUUCUGAGAAAAGCAAAGAAGAAGUUUUGCUGGACGGAGGAUGCCGAAAAAUCUUUCGGAGAAUUAAAAGCGGUGCUGGUAACAGCUCCAAUACUUGGAAAUCCCGACUUCACCAAGCCUUUUACGAUUGAGUCGGAUGCGUCGGACAACGCAAUACAGUCCUACGAUAUAGAACUUGAAUACAGAAAGGGAAAGAACAACAUUGUUGCAGAUUGUCUGUCUAGGUCAGUGGAGACGAUUAAUGCCAUAGCAGUCGAUGCGGAUUACCAGGAAAUGGCGGCUGGAAUAAUGAACAAUCCGUCAAAAUAUCCAGAUUUUCAGGUAAUCGAUGGUCAGAUUCUGAAGUAUGUGAAGAUUGCAGGGAAAGUCGAAGAUCCAAGGUUCAGUUGGAAGAAAUACCCGCCAAAGCCUGAACGGAUUGAACUCGUGAAUAAACUCCAUAGCCAGGCACACUUGGGGGCAGAAAAAACGUUGGCCGCGGUCAAGGAGCGUUAUUUUUGGCCCAACAUGAGCAGCCAAGUAAAAAAGUUCUGCAGAUCAUGCCUCACAUGCCAGACUAGCAAGGCAACAAACAAAAAUACAACGCCUCCAAUGGCAGAGCAGAAGAAAAUUGCUCAGUACCCAUGGCAAUUUUUAACGAUGGACUACGUUGGUCCCCUACCGACAUCAGGGAAAAACCGUAGUACCUGCCUACUUGUAAUCACAGAUCUUUUUAGUAAGUUCGUCCUGAUACAGCCAUUUCGACAGGCCACAGCAGAUUCCCUUGUUCAGUUUGUGGAAAACAAUGUAUUCCUACUGUUUGGUGCACCCGAAGUUGUCCUAUCCGACAAUGGGACGCAAUUUGUUUCCUCACUUUUCCGAAAUCUUCUUGAGCGGUACGGCGUAACCCAUUGGAGAACGCCUAAUUAUCAUCCGCAAAUCAACGACUCAGAACGCGUUAAUCGUGUCAUAACGACAGCCAUUCGAGCCACGAUAAAAAAGGACCAUAAGGAGUGGGCCAAUAAUCUGCAACACAUUGCUUGCGCCAUUCGAAAUUCCGUCCAUGAAGCGACACGAUACACUCCGUAUUUUAUCAUGUUCGGCAGGAAUAUAAUCUCGGAUGGAGCCGAAUUCCGGGCUUUGAGAGACGCUCCAGCAGUGACUACUGUUUCGCCGAAUACCAUCGAACGAGAAAAACUGUACAACGAAGUGAGGCGCAACGUAGAAUCAGCUUACAAAAAGCAUGCGACCUACUAUAACUUACGUUCGAAUGCUAAUUGUCCGACGUACUCUGUAGGAGAAAAAGUCUUGAAAAAGAACAUGGAGUUAUCGGACAAGGGGAAGGGUAUUUGUUCUAAACUUGCUCCAAAGUACGUCCAAGCGGUAGUCAAGCGGAUUGUUGGAGCCCACUGCUACGAUCUUGAAGACGUAAAUGGGAAGAGACUUGGCAUCUUCAACUGCAAGUUUCUUAAGAAGCUGGUCCCAUAG